AAAAGUUUGUUGUGGAAACAGUCGCCUUGCAUUAGUUCCUGGAGAUUUUUCUUACGAAAGUACAAGAUAUUAAUCUGGUCAGGAAACCGUCACGUCAGAAGAACCCCCUGAUGUAGCUGACUAAGCUGUGAUCUAAAAACAACAAUUGUAACGACAACGAAAAUGCCGGGAAGUCUUACGUCUGAGCCUUCUCUAUGUCAAACAGAUACGUUGUCAGAGUUCCGCUGGAGAGUACCACCGAAGGUGAUGUGGAAGAUGCGGAUUGACGGUCUUCACGACCACGACUACACGCCGUCUUCCUGGCUCCACGAUCUGAGGGGCAGACCUAACAAUCGCCCCUGCCGCUUUCUCAGUCGUCAGCUCUUCUCAAUCCCGGAAACACCAGACGAUGGAAGUUCUUCAGGCGAUGACUCUAGCUGCAGCUUCGUCACAGAAGACAAGUCUGAUGAUCUAUCUAGAGAUUCCGACCCUGCUGAAAAACUGCCCAGCGCUCCGGGUGGGUGCAAGACCGGUACCGUGGGGCCCGGUCAGGAUACUGACACGUCGCUGGGUGGUCAUGUUUCGAAAUCACCGCAACUUAUCUUUACCAAAAGUUCGCGUAUGUCGUCAGGACAUCGCACACACUCUGCAGCAUCCCACCGGCGCCCAACUCCGGGAACGGCUGAUGUUGCUCAGGUUGUUGCCGCACCGUCUCCAAUGUCUUUCCUGGACGUUUCAACGGGAGCGGUAACUUACGACAAACCACGUGUAGACCAAUUAAAGGCAAGGAAUUGUUCCAGCAAAAGAACAGAGGUAGACAGCACUGAUCCUGCCUACUCGUUCCCCACACCGUACUCAACUGUGGAGUCCAAACGUUUUGCGCAGGACAGGAACCUCACCGCAUACCUGUCUUCAUCCGGGAACUGUCGCGCAAAGGGUAAUGGGAGUGCAUGGCAACAGGCUAUGGUCACCGGGAGCCGGAAACGUGUAGCAACAGCAGUGGACGGUGUUGAAAAGAGCACAGAAUCUCUCGACCGCGACACACGUGCGACCAAGAGAAGAAGAAUUCAAGAGUGGCUCGAGGAGACUGACACCCGGUACACACGGCAGAAUGACGCAUGACUGGAGUCUGGAGGGCUUCCACCAUGUUUUUAUCUUAUAUACGGUGGAAUAUAUUUCGUAGAACCCUUCUGGUUAAAUGUUGUUUGUUGUACCAUGUACCAUCCCAGGAACAAAAUAUGUUAUAAAGGUCAUGCAACAUUAUCAUUUGUGUCAAAAGUUGUUUCAUGAUACAAUCAUUUAAAUGCAUACUCUCCUCUUAAAAGUCUUUCUUAGAGAGUAACGUUAAUUGUUUUGAAUCUUCAGAUCUGCCGUGGAGUUUAUAGAAAAGUCUCAAACUUUCCCGGCGAUUGUGGAGUUUAUACGAAUAGUUGCCAACAGCUUCACAGGGCCAAUUCCAUGUCUGAGGAGUUUAUACAUUGUAAAUACAAAUAGUUGUAAAUAUAAAACCGAGGACCUACUGAUAAUACUGGUCUGGGGUCGUGAUUUUCCUUGACU